UCGUCCAAAUCGAGUUUCUAGUCUGCUCUGGAAUCAAACGAUUCGGAUGUUUUGUGAUUCCACCAGCAUUCCAGUGAGUUCCGGAUAAGCUGCUUGGAGUAAAAACUGAGGAGAUGACAGGUAGAACAGUUGAUCAGCCCCCAACAUGGUGGUAUUGGGAGACUGAGGAACCUAUGGUAGAGCCUGUCGCUCUGAUGAGUUCUGGUACAGACGGUUCUGUGAAGAUACAGUCUUACGACUUGCAAUACUCCACGAACCAAACAGGUCAUCGCACAGAGCAGUAUGAAAACAAAGAAUUAGUACUACGGAGAGGCCAGCAGUUCAAGGUUGAUAUUACAUUGAAUAGAGAUUAUAAUGGCGAAAAACACAAGCUGUCUGCCGAGUUGAAAUGGGGUGCAACUCCCAAGAUAUCCGAUGGAACCUUAGCUAUUCUUUCUCCAAUUGCCGGUCCAAUUUCAGCAACAUUUGACGACUGGGGUACACACGUCGUAAACGCCACGGGCCCCAAUGUUUCCGUUGCCCUUUACGUUAAAUCGGAUAGUUUGGUUGGACGAUUUAGACUGGUGCUCAUGGUAACGGACGAAAAUGGACUCAAGCAGAAGAUGAAUGUUAAAGAUGAAAUAUUUGUGUUAUUUAAUCCUUGGAGUAAAGAUGAUGACGUCUACCUCCCCGAAGAUGACCAGAAGCAGGAAUACGUUUUGAACGACCAAGGAAUGUACUUUUACGGAUCAGGAAAAAAUGUGUAUGGAGCUAGGUGGUACUUGGGACAGUUUGAGGAAUAUGUUCUUAGAUGCAUUUUCGAACUUCUUCAGACUAAAAGAGCUAAGCCAAGAUCAUUUGGUAGCCCUGUCGAAAUAUCCCGUGUAUUGUCUGCUCUGAUCAAUAGUAAUGAUGACAACGGUGUACUUGUUGGCAACUGGAGUGGAGACUACAGUGGCGGGACGGAGCCUACUGCUUGGACAGGAAGCGCCGCCAUUUUCAAACAGUAUACUUUGACCAAGAAACCAGUAAAAUUUGCUCAAUGCUGGGUCUUUGCCAAUGUUUUAACGACAGCUCUGCGAUCGCUUGGCAUACCAGCUCGAUCCAUCUGCAACACAGCUUCAGCCCAUGACACUGACGGAAACUGCAUUAUGGACUACCAUUUUGAUAGUAACGGCAAACCCAUGGAUUGGUUGGACUCCGACAGUGUCUGGAAUUUCCAUUGCUGGACUGACGCAUGGAUGGCGAGGCCUGACUUACCUCCUGGGUACGGGGGCUGGCAGGCUGUAGACGCAACACCACAAGAAAGAAGCGAAGGUGUGUUUCAGUUGGGCCCGGCGCCAUUAGCAGCAGUGAAAGCGGGACAUGUCCAACUUUUAUUCGACACCAAAUUCGUUUUUGCUGAGGUCAACGCAUGUAAAGUGAAUUGGAAGUUUUCCGGUGUUGAAAACGAGCCACCAGUUCCUAUUCAUAUUGAUACCGAUUCGGUCGGCGUGUUGACGGUCACCAAGGCAGUUGGCAAGAUGGAAAAAGAAAUCAUAUCGGAUCAAUACAAACCACCAGAAGGUUCAACUGAGGAAUUGCUUGCUAUAUAUACUGUCGAAAAAUACAUCAAUUCAGUCAAGAAACUCGUUGUUGAGACAAAGAAAGAUGUGGAGAUUGUAGGCACUCUGCCAGACGACAUUAUGAUUGGUAACGACUUUGAACUGGUUCUGCUUGUGCGCAACACAAGCUCAGAAGAUCGCAAUUGCGUAUUGAGUAUUGCAGGGACCUCUGUGUACUACACGGGUGUUCGUGCAAAAGAAGUGAUAUAUGAACUAAAGGACGUAGCUGUAAAGCCUCUCGGAGAAAGUGAAUAUCGUCUGAAGCUGCUAGCCUCUGAUUACCUGCGUGAUCUUGUUGACCAAGCCAACAUUCGAUUCGACGUCACAGUGGUUGUCAAAGAAACUAACCAAACAAUCAUCAAAGGAUACGAUUUUAAACUGAAGAAACCGAACAUUAAGAUCACGGUACCAUCAACGGUACACAAGGGAUCAACAUUUUAUGCCAAGGCGGAAUUCACCAACCCGUUACCAUAUAAAUUACAGAAAUGUUUCUUUAGUACCGAGGGUUCAGCCCUUGCUGGCUACAAACGAGAAAUGUUCAGAAUUAUAAAGGCUAAUGAGACUGUUGAAUAUGAAGUGAAGUUAGUGGCUAAGCAAAAAACGGGUGAGCGGGACAUCAUUAUGUCAUUCUCGUCCACUGAGUUAAUUGGAGUCACUGGAGAAGCAGACAUAAUCAUACAGUGAUCUGAUCAUUUUUCAACUAGCAACACAAGUGGCGAAGAGAUUCUUAAAAAAUACAUUUUUUUUAAAUGUGUAUCACUGAUAUUUUAUAACGGUUUUCAUUUUAUGAAAAUUUAAUUUGUAACAGCAUCUCUACAAUAGAAUGUUUUUUUUCUUUUUGAUUCAGGCAGCCCUUCGCAAGCUUUUGCUUUCUGGGAUUUCGCCUCUCUUCCAAAAUAAUUAUUUAUCUAUAUCUUUAAAAGUUGAACAUAAAUGAAAGAGAAAUGUUACGUUAAGUGAAUGUACAAAUUAUUAUUGUAGUAUAUAAUGCUUUGCUGUCAUAAACAAUUUAUGCAUUUGUUUCUACAAACAGAACACUCUCAAUGUUUCGAUUUAGACCUAUUUUUCAUUUUUUAAUGACUAACUCAUCAUUCAGUUGUUGUCUUCUCUAACAGUCUCUAACAAAGUUUGUUGUUCAUUUCGCUGCAUGUACAAUAGCGCCCCUCACCCAGACACGUGUAAUAUUAUGCACGUUAAAUAGCGCAUAGGCCAUAGGAUACACUCUUUAAAAAAGUAGCAGGCGGUUAUUUCUCAGGUGUACUACCCUAAUCACCAAUAAGGAUCCAAGCAGAAAUAAGUCUUUAGACUUACCUGUAUUAUCCUUUGUGUGUGUUUCACAAAAAACAAAUCAAAUCCAAAGCGUACCUGAUGUCAUUUUACAUCUUGGACGAUUAUAACAGUUAUUUUCAUGUAAAUAAACAUAGGCCCACUAUUGAAAUAUUCUGUAUUGCAAUGUUUCUUCAUAGUUAGACCUACUUGUCUUUCGCAUGAUCUUUUCAUGUGUUGUAGUUUAACAUUUUAUUUUUAUUCACUGUGGAAACACAUGGAAACCAAAUUCUAUGCGUUGACAAAUGCUGUAGAGAAUGUAUCUUGUAUCUUGUGUGAAGAGGAGCAAAAUUUUUCACUUGGGUUUUUGACGUCAUUGAACGACAUUUUUUAUAUUAUAGGGCUAGGCCUAUAGUUUGCUUGACAGAAAUUUGUGUAGUUUUUAUUUUUAUGUUUGAAUUUCUAGCAAUUAUAUAAAUAUAAAUCUCAUUUGUUUUGUAAUUUGAUAUUGAAAUUCUCUGAAAUAAAACUAAUUGAUUGAUAAGAUAUAUAAUAAUAAUAAUAAUAAUAAUAAUAAUAAUAAUAAUAAUAAUAAUAAUAAUGAAAACUUUUAAAACGCCGGUAUCCGUUUAAAGAAAACGCUCAUGGCGCCCCUCCACAAGAAGU